AGAUUAGCAUGGCAGUGAAAUAGGAGAACGUACAUAACCUAAAAAUUAAAAGCUCAACAUAACCUAGAUUAUUAGCGUUUUUUUUUAAUAAUAGAUUUUAUUCCAAUUAUCCCUUGUAUAUUUAUCCCUUCAGCAUAUCUAGUAACGUGAACAAAAAUGACGGCAAAAAGUCUACCACAGAAAAAAUAUUACCGACAACGAGCUCAUUCUAAUCCGAUUGCUGACCACUGUUUUGAUUAUCCUGUAUCUCCUGAUUCGAUGAAUUGGAGCUCCUUGUAUCCAGAUUUUUUUUCCAAGGAUGGAGAGCAAAAUUCUGAACAGAAGCAAGUAGAAUUUGCCGAUGUUGGAUGCGGAUAUGGAGGAUUAUUAGUUACAUUAUCCACGAUGUUCCCUGAAACUCUGAUACUUGGGAUGGAAAUCAGGGUGAAAGUGUCAGACUACGUUAUGGAUAGAAUUGCUGCCCUCAGGACCCAAAACCCUGGACAAUACAAGAAUAUAGCCUGUAUAAGAACAAAUGCUAUGAAGUAUUUGCCAAACUUCUUCCGUAAAGGACAACUGUCGAAAAUGUUCUUCCUCUAUCCUGAUCCACAUUUCAAGAAAUCGAAAUUCAAAUGGAGGAUCAUCAACCAAACUCUACUGGCCGAAUACGCUUUUGUCCUUCGGGAGGGUGGAAUAAUAUACACAGUAACGGACGUCCAGGAUCUGAACGAGUGGAUGGUCAAACAUUUGAGCGAGCACCCACUGUUUGAAAGGAUUACCGAAAAAGAUAUGGAUGAUGAUCCAGUUGUUUCAAAGCUGCUCGAUUCCUCGGAAGAGGGACAAAAAGUAUCUAGGAAUAAUGGCAGUAAAUUUCUAGCUUGCUUCAGAAGAAUUGCGGAUACUUACAAACCAAGUUGACAAAGAAAUGUGAAUAACUGUUAUGUUGUAUUAAAUCAAGCAUUUUUAUAAUUAAAAUUGUUAAAAACCAA